UUGUAUGUAGCGUAUGUGCAGCUUCUCACGGUUCCCCUGCCAUCAGUUACAAUCUUCUCCAUCAUUAAAAACAUCUCACAAGAAGUUCCCAUUUCAACAUAUUUUCAUCUCCAACAGCUUAGCUCUUUCAAAUUUGGGGUUCGGGGAUUGGGACCUCCGUCGCAGAACAGCCGAUGGAUUUGUGAUGUUUUAAAAAGUGGGACAGUAUACAGUAAAUAUAGAUUUAUUUUCGUAUGUCUUUCAUAAAAGACUCCCAAAAUAUUUUGGGCCUGCCCCACUAGUUAGUUUACAUAAUACGUACACGGUUUGUCCAUUUAGUUACACGAUUUGUCUUUUAGAUGCAUUUAAUUUUACGGUUUUCCCUUUGCAAUCAAAUUUAUGUCUGGGGCAAAAAAUUAAAGGGAGAGACGGGGCAAAAGUCCUUUUGGGCCGCAUGGUAGCGUUUUGGGCCUUGGGUUAGCAGGUAAUUGAUGAGUAGAGGAUGAAAUACAUACGUACUUCAUUCUCCUCUUCUUCAUUAUAACAAACUAGAACUAGGGUUUCAGAUCCUAAAUUUCCCGACCGAGCAAUCUAAGUGGGGUGUAGCGUCAUGAAGAAAAUUGCAGAGCCGAAAGAUGCACGUGAGAUGGAAGCGAAGAAGAAAGCAAAAUCAUUCAAGGAUAAGAAGAAGAAUAUGCAAAGAUUAGGAGGAGGAAGAGGAAGAGGAGGCUUAUCAUUGGAAGCAUUUGCAAACGCCAAAACCAGGAGCAACACUUAUAACCCUGCCAUCAUAAAGAAACAAAGGGAGUUCUAUAAGAACGCCAAAUAUGUGAGUAAAUAUAAGAGGAUAGUUAAGCAACAAGGAGAGUCUUCUGUGGGUGCAAGACAACUAGAGGGUGAAGAAGAUAUUGGAAAAUCUGAUAAGGUGGAUUCGAAAAAUAAGAAGAAUAGUGCUAGAAGCCUAAGAGAAAUAUAUGAGAGAAAACGGGAGGAGGAAGACAAGGCAAGGAUGGAGACAGAGGUCGCUACUCUAGCAAGGAAAGAAGAAAGACAGAGAGCUGAAGCUCGAAGGAAAGAGCUAAGGGAGAAAAUGUUCAAGAAGACCAAAUCUGGCCAACCAGUCAUGAAGUAUAGAAUAGAACAUAUUUUGGAAACACUUCAAGGAUCAAAAGAAUAGGCAGUGCUAUGAGAGUGAGUACAUGUGGAAAACAUCAAGAAGCAGACCUACAAUGUAGCAAAAACCAGUAGGUAAAGUGGAAGUGCUUGUAUGGAUGUAAAAGUUUUGAAAUCAAAGAAAAUCUUGACGUUUA